GUACCCGCAAUGGGCCAAAACCAAAAAUUCGAAAGCGGGCGGCACUCCACACAGGGGAAACUGGCCUGGCUUUUGGUUGAAAGAACAGCGACGACGGGUAGUGAGAAAGAAACGGAGUUGCGCCAAAAGUUUACUGCCGAUUCGCCCCGACUCGACAGAACUUUGCCAAUCCGCGGCCCUUUUUUUUUUGCCCUUGGAUUUUCCGCUUCUUUCUUUUCCCUCUCGAACCCACCAAGAUCCCCCCACCCCUACCUGCCCGCCACAACCUCUCUUCAGUGUUGAGACAGACCAGACAGGACAGACCGAACAAUACACGCAACACACCUACUGCAAAUAUGGCAGUCGACCAAGAACAUUUCGUCCAUCUCGCUCGGCCACUCGCGCCGAGCGCUAUCGGGUUCAGCGCCAAUACUGCCCCGCUUACCGUUAAUAUCCAGCCUCAAGCCAUCUUCUCCAUCAUCGACCAUGCGGUGCGGCGGGACACCAAGGACACGCAGUCGACGCGGGUGAUCGGGGCGCUGGUGGGGGUGCGCAGCGAGGACGGCAGCGACGUCGAGGUGCGGUCGUGCUUCGCGAUCCCACACACGGAGAACGAGGACCAGGUCGAGGUGGACGUCGAGUACCAGAAGAACAUGCUAGCGCUAACGCUCAAGGCGAGCCCGCGCGAGACGCUGCUGGGCUGGUACACGACGUCGCACGAGCUCAACAGCUUCAGCGCGCUGAUCCAGAACUUCUUCGCCUCGCCCGAGACGGGCACCUUCCCGCACCCGGCAGUGCACCUGACCAUGAGCACCGAGGCCGGCCGCGCCAUCGAGACCAAGACGUACAUCUCGGCGCCCGUCGCCGUCAACGCCGAGCGCGCCGCCGAGUCGUGCCUCUUCAUCGAGGUGCCGCACAAGCUCAACUUCACCGACGCCGAGCGCGUCGCCCUGGGCGGCGUGGCCGCCGCCGCCGAGACGGAGACGCGCGCCGCGCCCCUAGGCACCGACAUCGAGGGGCUCGUGCAGGCCUUUGAGACGGUGUCGGACCUGCUGGAGCGCGUCAGCGGCUUCGUCGGCGAGGUGCUCGACGAGGAGCGCGACGGCAACCACGCGCUGGGCCAGUACCUGAUGAACGCGCUGUCGCUGGCGCCAAAGGUGUCCAACACGGCCAUCGAGCACGACUUCAACAACCACAUCCAGGACGUGCUGAUGGUCUCGUACCUAGCAAACACCAUCCGCACCCAGAUCGACCUAGCCCAGCGCCUGGCCACGGCCCCGCUGGUGGCCAGCGAGAAGGAGGGUGGCGAGAAGGGCAAGGACGGUGAGGAGGGCGGUAACAAGGAGGGCGGCGGCGGGGGUCGCGGCGGACGGGGCGGACGCGGCGGUCGUGGCCGCGGCGGUGGAAGGGGCGGCGGCCAGCAGAGAGAGCCGAGGGAGCCCAGAGAAAACGGCGAGUAGAGAGAAUGAGAGAAAGUGAAUGAGAGUGAAUGAAUGAGAAAGGGAGACAAAAAAAAAGACUACCAUCAUCAUGUCAUCAACGCUACUAUCGUCGUCACAAAUCUUCUUUCUUACGCCGGAGAAAGGGGUUUCUUCUGCUUUCUCCGCUACCGGGCAAGAAGAGAGGGAGGGGGAAAUUCUUGUUUCUCAUAUCUCAUUUAAGCUGAAAAGGCCAAACAAAAAAAAACCAUUAAACAGCGCUCUAACUUGGUCCAUGUUGUGUUGUGCCGCUGAUAAUAAAGACCUUCCACAACAUGCUGAAUGUGCCUGACAGCAUAUAUUUGCUCUGGGGGUUUAU